AUGGAGAAAAUUAAUGUAAUAAGAUUUGUGGGAGUAUUGCUUGUAGGGCUCUUCAUUUUAAAUCCUUGUGUGAGUUAUAGUACUUUUACUGCGUGGGAAGGGCCUGGGUGUGACUUCGCAGGUAUCGUUUACAUGGGUUGUGAUUGUUUCAGCAUGGACUAUCACGGAGCAUUUGAUUUUAUAUUUGAAGGACAGCCUGUCCAUCUCUUUGAUGACGAUAAUUGGGUGGGUAACCCGCAUACUACUCUUUCUGUCAAUACAACCGACUGCAAUCAUGGGUUUGGCUGGAAAAGCCUCAUUAUUCCGUGCUGA